UCCGCAUGUUGCUUAUUUUGUCCGGGUUCUUUUGUUUGUAAUCUGCAUGUUCCUUAGGAUAUUUUAUUGUGACAUUCUUCUUUGUAUGAUUUGCCGUCUUGUUCUCUUACUGACCCGGGUUCUCUUGAUUCUUGACAGGUCUUCCCUAUUUUGACCCGGAUCUUUGGAGAGCUAUGUCUGCCAACGACUCUUUUGCUGCUGCUUUGAGAAAUUUGGGGGGAGUGCAUACCCUUCCAAAGCCACAGCCAAAAGCUAAGUCGGCGAAGAAAAAGGGGGCCGCGAAGAGGGGGGAGUCCGGGUCUUCCCGUCAUGAGACGGAAGGGACCGGUCAUUCCAGUGCCACCCCGGACCCGGAGCUGCAGGUGAAGGAUCCGGAGUUGGAUUCUAAUGCUGUCGAGGUGGAGAGUCCGGUCCAUGAGCCGAAGAAGAAGCGGAAAAAGACUGAUUCUUCUCAGAAGCACGUGAUUGAUAUGACGGAAGAGGAUCCGGGAAAGUCUGCAAUGGAGGUGGUGGACCUGGGGGUCGAACUCGAGGGUGGUUCCCGGCCGGUGCCCCGGUUUGGUAAGUAUCCGGUUAAGAAGGUGAUUGGAUUGAUGUCUGAGCUCCCUUCUGACCAGGACUGGGAGAUGAUGGAAGAUCAGGGGCUUGCCGAGAAUUUCAAGGAUAUAGGGGACUUGUGGGGACAGCUUGGUGGUCGUCUGGCCGGGUUCAACACCCAUGCCUUGGCCAGUUUGAAGAAGGAAAGAGAAUUCUCUACUUCUACUCUUGCCAGGGUGGUGAAGUUGGAGAAGGAUCUCGAUGUGGAGAAAUCAGCCCGGGAGGCUUUGGAAGCCGGGAUGGCCUCUAAGAUCAAGGAGGCUGAAAUCCGGAAAGAAGCUGAACUGGAUCAGAAGAUUAAGGAUGGUUUUUGGAGUGUUAUGAGGUUUGUCUUCAUAGUGUCAGUAGCUGGCAUUGGGUAUUGUCCUUGUCAUGUCAGACUGCAACUUGUUCAGGUGUCGGCUUGGACUCUUGUGUCCCGGUCCGGGGGAAAGAUGGAUAGGUUGCGUCUGGGUCCGGGAUCAUCUCCGGGGUCCGAGAUCAUCUCCAAGGUCCGGGAUCGUCUCCUGGUUCUGAGAUCAUCUCCUGGGUCUGGGACCAUAUCCGGGUCAUAUCGUGCUCGGGUCCGGAUUAAGCCAAUCCAGAGUCCGGGUUAA